CCAAACUCAUCGAAGUUGCCUUUCCCGAAGCUUCUCCCACCUUCGAUUCCCUUCGCCUCAGCUGCUGCUGCUUCUUUUCUUUCCCCUUCUCCAAGCAUCGCUACCUCUCUCCACCCUCCCACCCCACUCCACCGACCACCGCGCCGCCACAAAUAAUCGAAGCGACAUCCACGCGGCGCAACCACUUGGCCUGCCCAGCCCACGCCGCCCCCGCUAACCCCUAAACCCAAACCCCUCCUCGCGAUGGCGCGCUCCGCCGCGACCAGGCUCGCGCGCGCCGCCCGCGCCGCUGCCGCCGCUCGUCGCCACGCUGCCGGAGGCGGCGGACGCGAUGUUUUCCCGCGAGCCCUCGCGCCGCGCGCCGGAGAUGCUUCCGCCGCCGCCGCGGCGAGGAGGCCGCCGUGGCUCGCUGGCGUCGGUCGUUUUCCCGUCGGUGGCGGGCUCCUGGUGCCGCCGCGCCGCCUGUUCCACUCCACGACACCGGCUCGGUACAGCGCCGCCGGCACCUCUUCCUCGUCUCAGAUAGCGCCAGGAGAAUUCACUGAGAUGGCCUGGGAGGGCAUUGUUGGUGCAGUUGAUGCAGCAAGGUUGUCGAAACAACAGAUAGUGGAAUCAGAGCACCUGAUGAAAGCUCUUCUCGAACAAAAGGAUGGAUUAGCACGUAGAAUAUUUUCGAAAGCUGGAAUAGACAACACAUCAGUCCUGCAAGCUACUGAUGAAUUUAUUUCUAGACAGCCGAAGGUCUCCGGUGAUACAAGUGGGCCAAUUAUAGGGUCAAGUUUCGUAUCGAUCUUGGAUAAUGCAAAGAAGCAUAAAAAAGAGUAUGGUGACGAGUUUGUCUCAGUUGAGCAUAUACUGCGAGCAUUCACAUCAGAUAAAAGGUUUGGGCAGCAGCUGUUUAGAGAUCUGAAUGUUGGUGAGAAUGAUCUGAAAGAUGCUAUUUCAGCUGUACGUGGAAGCCAACGAGUCACAGAUCAGAAUCCGGAAGGGAAGUACCAAGCUCUAGAGAAGUAUGGUAUUGACUUGACAGAAUCAGCUCGGCGUGGAAAACUUGAUCCUGUUAUUGGUCGCGAUGAUGAAGUGCGCAGAUGCAUUCAGAUCCUUUGCAGGAGAACUAAAAACAAUCCUGUUAUUAUUGGCGAGCCUGGAGUUGGCAAAACUGCUAUUGCUGAAGGAUUGGCUCAGCGUAUUGUGCGGGGAGAUGUUCCUGAACCUCUAAUGAAUAGAAGGCUUAUUUCAUUGGAUAUGGGAGCACUACUUGCUGGGGCUAAAUACCGGGGUGAUUUUGAGGAGAGACUUAAGGCUGUUCUGAAGGAGGUCACUGCUUCUAAUGGACAAAUCAUCUUGUUUAUUGAUGAGAUCCACACUGUUGUUGGUGCAGGAGCCACCGGUGGAGCAAUGGAUGCCGGUAACCUGUUGAAACCAAUGCUUGGCCGUGGAGAACUCCGCUGCAUUGGAGCAACAACAUUGGAUGAGUACAGGAAGUACAUUGAGAAGGAUGCUGCUCUUGAGCGUAGAUUCCAGCAGGUUUAUUGCGGUGAGCCAGCGGUUGAGGAUACUAUCUCCAUACUACGUGGCUUGCGAGAGCGAUAUGAACUGCAUCAUGGUGUUAAGAUAUCAGAUGGAGCUCUUGUUGCUGCAGCAGUUUUAUCAGAUCGCUACAUUACUGGACGCUUUUUGCCUGACAAAGCCAUUGAUCUAGUUGAUGAAGCAGCUGCUAAGUUAAAAAUGGAGAUAACAUCGAAGCCUAUUGAAUUGGAUGAGGUAGAUAGAGAAAUAAUAAGGCUAGAAAUGGAGAAGCUCUCAUUGAAGAAUGAUACUGAUAAAGCCUCCAAAGAACGGUUGAGCAAGCUUGAAGCUGAACUAGAAUCUCUCAAGCAGAAGCAGAAAGACCUUUCAGAACAUUGGGAAUAUGAGAAGUCCUUGAUGACCCGUAUAAGAUCAAUUAAAGAAGAGACUGACAGAGUUAACCUGGAGAUUGAAGCUGCUGAGAGAGAAUAUGAUUUGAACCGUGCUGCUGAACUCAAGUACGGAACACUUUUAUCUCUACAGAAACAGCUAGAAGAGGCUGAGAAUAAACUUGCUGAAUUCCAGCAAUCAGGAAAGUCAAUGCUUCGAGAAGAGGUGACUGACAUUGACAUUGCUGAGAUUGUUAGCAAAUGGACUGGUAUUCCAGUGUCCAAUCUUCAACAAUCUGAAAGGGAAAAGCUGCUGCUUUUGGAAGAUGUACUCCACAAGAGGGUUAUCGGCCAAGAUAUUGCAGUCAAGUCAGUGGCCAAUGCUAUCCGUCGUUCUAGAGCAGGCCUAUCAGACCCUAACCGUCCAAUAGCAAGCUUCAUGUUUAUGGGCCCAACAGGUGUAGGCAAGACCGAGCUGGGUAAGACACUGGCUGAAUUCCUUUUCAACACCGAGAAUGCCCUAAUACGGAUUGAUAUGAGCGAGUACAUGGAAAAGCAUGCUGUCUCCCGCUUGGUUGGUGCCCCACCUGGGUAUGUCGGUUACGAUGAAGGUGGCCAAUUAACUGAAACUGUUCGCCGGCGGCCUUACUCGGUCGUUCUCUUCGAUGAAAUAGAGAAGGCGCACCAUGAUGUCUUCAACAUCUUGUUGCAACUGUUGGACGAUGGAAGGAUAACUGAUUCACAGGGUAGGACAGUCAGCUUCACUAACUGUGUCAUCAUCAUGACCUCGAACAUUGGUUCACCAUUGAUUCUAGACACGCUUAGAAACACAACAGAUAGUAAGGAGGCAGUGUAUGAGAUAAUGAAGAAGCAGGUGGUCGAGAUGGCCCGGCAAACAUUCCGACCAGAGUUCUUGAACAGGAUAGAUGAAUACAUUGUGUUCCAACCACUGGACACCGGAGAGAUAAACCACAUUGUGGAGAUCCAGUUGAACCGAGUCAAGAACCGGUUAAAACAACAGAAGAUUCAACUUCAGUAUACACCAGAAGCUGUGAAGCUUCUUGGUUCUCUUGGCUUUGACCCUAACUACGGUGCUAGGCCUGUCAAGAGGGUGAUUCAGCAGAUGGUGGAGAACGAGAUUGCUCUUGGUGUCCUGAAGGGUGAUUUCAAGGAAGACGAUACCGUCCUCCUGGAUGUGAAUUCUUCCGCGAUUGCAAAAGGUCUUGCUCCACAGAAGAAACUGGUCCUGCAGAGGUUAGGAAACGGAAAUGAAGAGUUAGUUGCCAAUGACUAGGAAGCCGGGGUUUACCUUGUAGAGAGAGCGUUUCGGUGGGAAGAUAAGCAGCUGCAAGGUCUGCGUUUUCUCCUCUUUGAAGCUUAGCUUGGUUUUGUAGGUUCUUCUGAAGUCGUGUCCAGUCUCCGGUGACAUAAAACGUGAUUUUGCAAAUAAUGAUCACUAGAGAACGAGGACGGUCUAAUCGGAAGAGUUGAGUGAAUAUCUGUUUAGAACUUUAGAUAACUUGUACUUUUAAGUCGUUUCAUCUC